AUGACCAUUUUGGCCUACAAGUUUUUCCUUCUGUCUUUCUUCAUUUUGUGUUCAAAGGGAUGGAGCCUUGGGGUCAUCCCUAGUCAUGUUAAGUCCUUCAACUUGCAAGAGAAAGCUGCUACUGAAGAGGAAGGAGCAAAGAAAGACAUGGGAAUGGAACUCUACCCUACUGGCUCUGCCUUGCCAGAUUGUUCUCAUGCAUGUGGUUCAUGCUUUCCCUGCAAGAGGGUGAUAGUAAGCUACAAGUGCAUGAUUGCCGAGUCUUGCCCUGUAGUUUAUAGGUGCAUGUGUAAAGGGAAAUAUUACCAUGUACCAUCCAAUGGUUAA